AACUGAAUAUCUAACCUUGCCACUUUAAUGCAUUAGGUAGACGACGCUCAGAGCGGACCGGUGAGUGCGUUGCGAAUUUCUUGCUCGAGAAGAGAGGCGCUGGAAUCUCAAGAAGGAAAAACAGUUCCUAGCAGACCAUGGGACUUUAUAGAUUAUCUUUGGUGCUUGUGAUAUUACUGGGCUUACUCGUGCACGUGAUGUGCGUAGGUGAAACGAACUCUACCUGCAGUCUAGCAGCAGCAAAGUCACCUCACUUGCGACUCAACAGAUAUCUUUUCUGCGAUUACGAUAUAACAGUGAGGCCUGUUAUACACCAUAAAAAUGCCACCAACAUCAGUAUACAUUUUGAUCCUCUACGAAUAGAUUUCAUGGAUGAAUCGAGUACAUUCAUUCUUCACACUUGGAAUACAUGGUCUUGGAUGGAUGAAUUUCUGACGUGGAAUCCCAAAGAUUUUGAUGGAAUUAACGAAACUCGCGUGGAGAGCGCAAAAAUAUGGACGCCAGAUUUAGCGUUGUAUAACUCAGCAGACAUGACAGAAACACAGAUAGGUAUACCUAGUGUACCUUGUAUCUUAGUUAAUGAUGGACAAUUAGUAUGCAUAGCACCCGUCAAAUAUGUUACCCAUUGCACUACAGAUUUCACAUAUUGGCCCUACGACGAACAAACUUGCAAUAUUCGCUUAUCAUCUUGGAAUAAUCAUGCUCUGGAUAUCAAUAUUGAUUAUAACAAUUCGACCAUAGAGAUGGGUUAUUAUAAGACAAAUAAUGAAUGGGAUGUAAGAGCAUUCAUUUUGAAAGAACACGUUAAGUAUUACGACUGCUGCCCUGAAACAUUUUGGUCGACUAUAGUACCGACUUUUAUCUUGCGGAGACAUCCUUCCAUGGUCCAUACCAUCUUUAUAACUACAGCAUUCGUCUUUACGCUUAUAACGCUGACAGUUUCAUAUUUGGAUGCACGCUCAAAUGAGAGAGUUUUACUCUCUAUGUUGAAUUUUGUCUGUCACGUGCUUAUCAUUUCCGUACUUCAUUGGGUAUUACCACAUAACGGCCCAAACGGAUCUCCUCACUUAUUGCUAUUCUACAGAGACUCCUGGAUUAUAGCGACGUUCGAAAUAGCGUUGACGGCGUUGCUGCGUAGAUUGCAGUCAACCAGAAGAAAUCUACCUUACUGGUUGAUUUUUACGGUGUCGUUGAUAGAGGGCAAUCGAAUUUGCCGUUUUCUUCUCCUGGGCGAACAAGUCGAUGUCGAUGACGGCAAGCUGUUCAUCGCUAUCAAUGGAAGUUCGCCAUCUGAAAUUGAUGAUGAGAACGCAUCCUUAUCCGAUGUGAAUCUACAAAAUUCCAGCAAAAAUUUAGCAAGUGAUUCAUGGAGAAAAGUCACGAUUAUUAUUGAAAGGCUUGUUCUCAUCUUCGUAGCGUUUACGUAUCUAAUGCUAUUUAUAGUGUUAAUACCCAGAGAACAAAGUUAAUACUUAAAGACACUGUUUGUCAUGGCAAUUUUUAAAUUGAAUAAACAGGUUCAAUAUUUGUCAUGAUUUUAAGUAGUAAUUUUCUCAUUUGAGAAUUACGCGUGCUACAUACAAGAAGGCGACUAUGUGUUAUAUCAUUGUAAUCUACAAUUCAACUUAAAGAAUAACACAGAUCUAAGUAAUAAUCAAUUACUUAAAUGUACUGCCCUCAAAUUCGAGCUUUUGUUAUAGUAACAUUAUCCGAUGUAACGGAAGUUGAUCAUGUCGUUGCACUGAAAGAUUUUCAUUAAAAAAAAAGAUUUAUAAAAAUCAAAUUAUAGUUAAGACAUCGAGCUUGGCAUGUAUGCAUUUAUAUGACUCUACUCAUCUCCUAAUGUUCUUGUUAUUCUACCGAGAGACUUCCGGAUGAUGGCAGCGCGUUAUAGCGAUGUAGCCUUGACGACACUGCUAUGACAACUACAGUAGAACAGAUCAGGAAGCCUAACCUAAGCUUUACAACCAAACUUGCCGCCGCUUAUUCUUCUAUGCUGAACGAGAUGAACUAUUGACCUGUGACCGUUGACGACAAGCAACUGAUCGGUACCAUCAACGAAUCCUUGCCAUUGGGUGUUGAUAAGGAAAAGGAAACAACAAUCUAACCUUAUCGGGGUAAUAAUACCGAUCGAAGACUUGGUAGAGCUAUUUAAAGAGUCUGGCUCCGCGGCCGAUAACAAAAUCUCAUUAACGUGUAAAUUGAUUUUAAUCAUCGGUCUCCCUAAAUAAAACAUCUGCAUAUAUUAAUAGACUCGUACAAACUUUAAACACAUCAAUAAGCUCGUGCAAGCUUCGAUCGCGCGAGUAUCUAAAUAUUAGUGCGAAAAACUUUUGAAUUUCACAUCAGUUUCCGUAUUUAGACUAUAAACUUUUCUAAUUACUAUUCUUCGUGAUCGGACCAAGUUUUUCUCUACCAACUAUACGCUCUUCAAAUGCCAUAUGCGCGUAAUAAGAAGGUCAGCUGUAAGGGGUAUAGGCGCUGUGUUCCAUAUUUCCGCGCGAACGCUGUAUAAAAGUGUUGGGACGAGAGCGCACAUAUUUCCAGCUGUAUUGGAGCGAUAUACCUAACUUUCAUGAAUCCGAGAGUACUGUGGUAUAUAUUGCGUUGGUUUAACGCUGCUCUGUAAGCGAAUAUAGAGUCGCCAAUUAUACGCGGUAAUGAGAUAGGUGAUUAUUAAUCAAUGCCGGUAAAAAACUUCAGCAAUAUUGUUAAAAAUACUUUUAUUCCAAAAAUCGUGUAAAAUAUUAGGCUUAGGUAAAUGUUAAUCAGUCGAAAAAUACCAUGUUUCGUAUAAAAAAAGCCUGACAACUAUUGGAGUCAUCAGCGAACGGUCUCUCGAGCGAUAAACUGCGUGUAGGUCAGUAUACCUGAAAUAAACAUUACGCUGAUUACAUUUUUCUGUAUAAUAAAACAAUUUCGUAAUAAUCAUAGUUUAAGCCCAA